AUGAAAACAUUUGAUUGGCUGAUCUCGGAAGCUCGCUACGCGUGCAACUAUUGCAGGCAGAAGAAGUUCAGAUGUACGAGGGAGUUUCCCAAAUGCGGAGCCUGCAAGCCAUGGCCUGGUCCAUGCAACUAUGCCCGGGAUAUUCCGAAUACCGGUACUAGUUUAACGACUACGGCUGUUUUGGCAAAUAACCAGAAGCCCGAUGAUGUACAGAUUCGAUUGCAAAAUAUUGAAAACGCAAUUCAAGACUUAACCGAUGUCGUCAAUAAAGCGGUAGUGGCCAUCGAUGAGAUCUCCUCAACUUCGCUGAAAGGCAAUACCAUUCUUCAGACUACCUCAGCUGACGAUCAGGCUUCAAGAUUGUAUGUUGGCAAGCAGAACUCGUUCGCGGUGUUGGAUGAUGCAACCAAUUCUGUUCAUGGAGCGACUGGAAAUUUGUCUUCAUCACUCCAACAGAGCGCUGCUAGCGAGUUACAGUUCUUAUCAACUUCAUUGACAACAGCAGUAGCUGAUAACCAAUUGAGAGGAAACUCCUUCUAUGUUCCAUCAAAAGCCCAGGGUUACCAGUUGAUAGGAAAGUUUCUCGAAAGCGUCGGCCUAGGCGAUGCAUUCUUCGUGCCACCAUCAGAAGAGCACCUACUCCAAGUUUUAUUCAAUCCGGGACAAGUUGUACGAAAGUCUUGGAUCGUGUACAUCGACUAUAUGAUCCUCGCAAUGCUAUCCGAGGAUCAGAGUGCCGAAACCAAAGGAUUCCGAAACAACGUGAAGCUAGCCCUUAACGACAGCAGAAUCUUCCUUGAGCCGCACCUCGUACACUUGCAGACUCUCAUAUUGCUAGCCAUUCAUGGUGAAGAUUAUGCAUCUCCAAGUCUUUCGUGGAUGCUCGUGGGUCAUGCGUGUCGCCAGGCUGAGGCACUGGGUCUUCACUUGUCUAAUAGCCCGGACUUUGAGACUCAUCAGAAACGACUAAGUCUAUUCUGGAUGCUUUUUGCUGUCGACAAGUCUUGUUCGUUAGCAUUUGGCCGGCCAUGUUUCCUUCCAUCUAACACAUAUGGAACCGUUGUGCUCCCAGAUUUUGGACACUUAACACGUUUCCAACCUCGAUCUAAAUCAGCAGAUGGGCAAGAACAAUCAUUUGUCUUUGGAGCCCAUAUGUUUAUUGCGCGGGUGAAACUUGCUCGCUUGACAGGGGAUAUUCUAGAUCUGGCCAGCAACACAGACAUGAUCUCAAAGAGAGACCAGUUAGAGACAGACCUGACCGAGUGGCAGACUCAAACCAAACAUUUGUUGGACGGUAUCUUGGAAGGCGAAAGGGCUUCAUCUAGUCCGAACCAGUUGCGGGAAAUGUCACUAGGCAUAAGCACCAUGACUUUUGAGUAUCUACACGUAUUCUUGGUUCUCACUAGAGCUGAUCCAUCUUGCGUCGGCCCAAGACUUGAAGCCGCGCGAGAGGCUAUUUCUCUUCUUCCCUCAUUGGUGUCUAAUUGGACGUCCAUAUAUAACCCCAUGACUUGGCAUCUACUCUACUUUCCAUUUAUACCGUUCUUCGUCAUAUUUGAGAAUCUAGUACAUGACCAUGCCUUUAUCUCUACAACUACCAAACAACAUGACAUCGAGCUUCUGUCGUCGACAGUUUCUUAUUACUCUAGUAUACGCAAUCAGUUCCAACUACUGGCCCCUCUUUGUGAACGCCUUAAGAAGGUUGCAAAGGUGUUCCAUCGUUUAGCUGUCGUUCUAGUUGGUGGCCACGGCACUUCAGAGCAGGACAAAGAGUUGUUUCAGCCUAUCCCCGAUGGGGACGUAUCGAGCAUCGGCACCUUGAAUAGUAAUGCCGCCAUGACUGUCGAAGAUAUUCAAGUUGACUUGGGCGACGAGAUUGGGGUUGACUUGAAACAAUAUCUAGAGCGGCUCCCAGCAGAUCUAUUCCCCCUUCAAUCUGUAUCACUUGGACAAAUAUCGACUGGAAAUGUGACCAGCGAGAUAAUGAACAGUUUCCCAAUGGGCGAGCAAGAAGGUUCACGUGGUACGAAGCGCCCAUUUGACGUCAUGUUUGACUGGUUUGCAUGGGACUCUUAUGAGUAG